GUUCCAAAGAAAGUAAGAAACCAUGCGAUGCGGCCGCGACUUCCCGCCACCAAGCUCAAACCGGCCGCCGGCGCACCACCACACUGCCCGCCUCGUCCUCCGGCAGCCGACCGCGCCCUCUCCACCGCCGCACCACCUUCCGACGCAUGCCACCUCCAGCAGCAGCAGCAGCAGCAGCAGCAGCAGCAGCAGCUCGAUGCCCACAUCGCCCGGGGCGACCUCACGCGCGCCCGCCAUCUGUUCGACCGAAUGCCCGACCCGGGCGCCCGCGCAUACAACUCCCUCAUCCGGGCCUACUCCUGGCGCGGCCCCGCCCACGCCGCCGGCGCGCUCGCCCUCUACGCCUCCAUGCUCCGCGGCGGCCGCUGCCCGCCCGACAAGUACACCUUCCCCUUCGUCCUCAAGGCCUGCUCCGCCCUCCGGGACCUCAGCGCGGGCCGCGCCAUCCACCGCCACGCCGCCCGCGCGGGCCUCCACGCCGACCUCUUCGUGUGCACCGCCCUCAUCGACCUCUACAUGAAGUGCGCCCGCUUCGGCCCCGCCGCCGCUGUCUUCCACGCCAUGCCCGCCAGGGACGCCGUCGCGUGGAACGCCAUGCUCGCCGGCUACGCGCUCCACGGCAUGUACCACCACGCGCUCGAGUGCCUCCUCCGCAUGCAGGAGGGCUGCGCCAGCCUCAGGCCCAACGCCUCCACCCUCGUCGCCCUCCUCCCACUGCUCGCCCAGCAGAGCGCGCUAUGUCAAGGAAAGUCGGUGCAUGCCUACAGCAUCCGUGCCUCUCUCCAUGACAAGGACGGGGUGCUUGUUGGCACUGCGCUGCUGGACAUGUACGCAAAGUGCGGGGAAUUCCUCUACGCACGCAGGGUCUUCGAGGCCAUGCCCAUCAGGAACGAUGUUACUUGGAGCGCCAUCAUCGGAGGCUUUGUGGUGUGCGGCAGGAUGACGGAGGCCUUCGGUCUGUUCAAGGACAUGCUGGCACAAGGACUGGGCUUCCUUUCCCCAACCUCUGUCGCCAGCGCUCUCAGAGCUUGCGCCAGCCUGGCUGAUCUCCGCAUCGGUAAACAGCUUCAUGUUUUGCUUGCGAAAUCCGGCCUCCACUCUGACGUGACCGCCGGGAACUCGCUCCUCUCGAUGUAUGCCAAGGCUGGGUUGAUCGACGAAGCUACUGCCCUUUUUGAUGAGACGGCGGCCAAGGACACGGUCUCUUACAGUGCGCUCGUAUCAGGGUAUGUGCAGAAUGGCAUGGCGGAUGCAGCGUUUCUCGUCUUCAGGAAGAUGCAGGCCUGCAACGUACAGCCGGAUGUUGCCACAAUGGUGUCACUCAUCCCAGCAUGUGCACACCUGGCAGCUUUGCAGCAUGGCAAAUGCAGCCAUGGUUCCGUCAUAGUUCGUGGAAUGGCACCAGAAACCUCUAUCUGCAAUGCCUUGAUGGAUAUGUAUGCAAAGUGUGGAAGGAUUGAUCUCUCCAGACAGAUCUUUGAUGUCAUGCCAGCUCGGGAUAUUGUGUCAUGGAAUACUAUGAUUGCGGGAUACGGAAUCCAUGGGCUCGGGAAAGAAGCCACUGCGCUAUUCUUGGACAUGAAGAAUCACGCCUGUGAACCUGAUGGCGUCACAUUCAUCUGCCUAAUUUCAGCGUGCAGCCAUUCUGGGCUCGUGACUGAAGGGAAACGCUGGUUUCACAUGAUGGCACAGAAGUAUGGUAUAACUCCAAGGAUGGAGCACUAUAUCAGCAUGGUUGAUCUUUUGGCGAGGGGGGGUUUCCUUGAUGAAGCCUAUCAGUUUAUCCAGAGCAUGCCGAUGAAAGCAGAUGUUCGUGUAUGGGGAGCCUUGCUUGCAGCUUGCCGGGUUCAUAAGAACAUCGAUUUAGGAAAGCAAGUGGCUAGGAUGAUCCAGAAACUAGGACCUGAGGGGACUGGCAACUUUGUUCUGUUGUCCAACAUAUUCAGCGCCGCUGGGAGAUUUGACGAGGCAGCAGAAGUUCGAAUAAUACAGAAGGAGAAGGGGUUCAACAAGAGCCCUGGCUGCAGUUGGAUCGAGAUUAAUGGCUCUCUACAUGCAUUUAUUGGCGGGGACAGAUCUCAUCCACGGUCACCUGAGAUAUAUCAAGAGCUGGAUAAUAUCCUGGUAGAUAUUAAUAAAUUGGGUUACCAUGCUGAUACAAGUUUUGUUCUGCAAGAUCUUGAGGAAGAGGAAAAGGAGAAGGCGCUUCUUUAUCACAGCGAAAAGCUAGCAAUAGCUUUUGGUGUCCUCACACUUAGUGAAGAUAAGACCAUUUUUGUUACGAAGAAUCUCCGUGUGUGUGGAGAUUGCCAUACUGUUAUCAAGUACAUGAGCUUAGUCAGGAGAAGGGAUAUAAUCGUCAGAGAUGCCAAUAGGUUUCAUCAUUUCAAGAAUGGGCAAUGCAGCUGUGGAGAUUUUUGGUGACAGCAAUACUACAGUCCGGUACAUGACCUCUCAGUUUUGUCUUGUAUCAGUCAUUCAGUUGCAUGCCUUGAAUAGUGGAGCAUUUAUAACUUCAACAGAAUGCCCUUUGAGGUGCCAAGUUUCUACGUUCCUGCAAGUUUUGCCCUCACAAAGGGUUAUCCAAAGUGAUGGUGUCAUGAAUUCAAAAUGAAAAUCCCAAGGCAUGUAAAGGUGCUAUUCUUCCAAAUCAAACAAAUUCAGUAUAAUGAUGGUCACAGGAAGCUAGAGAUGUGGUAUGCAAUAAAGCUAAAAUGACACAAAUAGAAGUUGCAUUUCUAGUAGAAAUCCCAGAGGUACAUGUUUAGUAUCACCAGUUGUGGAAUUCUGAAUUAUCAGAUAGUCCAGUUGAUGAAAUGAAAUGGUGUCUCAAAUAUGAUCCUGUGCACUUCCCUAUCCUGGAGAUUAGAAAAGGCAAUCAGCAAGUGAAGUUAGACUCUUAACCAUCAUAGUAAUCUGUCCAUUUUCUGAGCCUUUCUUUCCACGUCAUCAGUUGCUUGCUGUUCAGAAGCAUCAUUAGCAGCUUAAUGCUACCUUCUUACUGCAAGAGAUCACAGUCAGGAACUUGAUCAGCGAGAAAUUCCAGGGAUCCCUGCGGCAGCCCCAAGUAACUAUGAAGAGAAGGCGUGCAUUUGAGGCGCAGCAGGAACAAGCUAGUAGAAAAUCCGAUCAUCAUUUGUAAAAUGCUUUGAGCUUUUAUUUGUCGGGGAUAACCAGCUGGGGGCAUAAUUUUUCUCUAUGGGUCAGGGGUUGUUCCUCUAGUAGAUUCCAUGGUCCUACUGGCGCUGGAGCCAAGGGGCAUCGCACUUCUCCCUCUUCUUUGAAUUAAUU